AUGAAUCCUGCUCCAGCGGGUGAUGCGGCUGAUGCGCCUUCUGACGCAGCUCCAAAGAGAUCAAAGAGAUCGAAGGAGAAGAGGAAACUGAAGAAAGGUGCUGCCCCAACGCGUCCUUUGCACCUGGGACCCGCCACGCCGGGGGCAGACGAGGAGGUGGAUGUGCGCACCUACUUUCGAUCGCUGCGCCGGAGGUGUGGCGUGCCCACCAGUGAGCUGCCGCGCUUCUUCGAACCGGUGAUUCCAUGCAACGCUGAGGCACGACGCCGUUGGUGUUUCAACGCCCGGCAUCUCCAAGCACUCAACGUGAGGUCAGACUGGACCUCCUCCGAGGUGCAGCGCUUGCAGCGUGUCUGCUCGCGCUGGUGCUUGAAAGCCAUAUUGGUCCGAUGGUGCCGUGUGUUUCUCUCUAACCCGCCACCUGGGUUUCUUCGGGCGUUCAAGACAGCCAUCCAUGCAGAGCUUUUGGAGAACAAGUUCCAGGAGGAAUAUCAAGCCCCGGCAGCUUCCCUGGACGCCAAGGGGCGCCAAGAGCUCUUCGCCUCGGUGGCCGCGCGCCUGGACGGCCGACGCUUGCGCGAGCUGCUGCCGGAGCGGCCAGAGUGGAUGGAUUGGAUGAACAUCUCCAACAAGAUGCAAGCAAUGAGCAACGAGGAGGAUGUGCCGUGCAUUAGCCCUGCCAAUUGUUUGAUUCAGUACCUUCAUCAUGUGGUGCACAAGUCCCACGCGCCAACCACUGAAGUGGAGGAGGAAGCGAUGAAGCGAGCUCGAGCACAGCAUGGGGGAAGCCUUUACCUCAAUCAGAUCGCCGACUGCACUGGGAAGCCGUUGGAAGGCUCCUGGCGUUGCUUUGCCAGCCAUAUGCUCUCAGAGGCCGAGGCUAGCGAUUUGCCCUGGUCGCCGAAGGAGCUGGAGCGGUUACGGGAGGCAUGCGAGGAGUGUGACGUGGGCGACUGGAUGAUGGUGGCCAGUCGCUUAGGCAAUACCUGCCCUGAGGAGUGCGAAGCUCAAUGGAGGCGCCUACAAACAGCGGACGGCGAAGCGCCAACUACCACCAGGGCCGACAAUGUGGGUGGCGCCGAAGAAAAGGGGGGCAGCUGUGGGCUUUUGCAAAGCGCGGGUUCAGAAGAUGUGAAGCGAGUUUGCAACACAGACCUGGUAUUGGAUCCUAGCUUCAGCUACCAAAAGACUGCGGAUGGUGAUCAGUGUGUUUCAAUGUUGCCGGGCAAAUCCUGCCGCACGGAUCCAGACGAUGGCGGGCCACAUUCUUCAGUCCUUUUCGCCACGGCCAUCCUCAUCCUCAGCUGUUUGGGCUCCGCACCAAUGUUGCCAUGUACAUUGCUGGGACGCGAGAACUGCUGCAGCGAGAAGAAGACCAGCUUCCCGGAGCCACUGCAGGAGGAGGAGGACACACAAGAGGUCCUCCGGCAGAGCGACCUUCACCUUCAGGUCGACGGGGGUUCUGCCGCCGGUGCGCCCGGACGACGGACCAGCAGCUGCUUCGUGGGCGCACUGAACCCGCGAGAGGAGGAGGAUAUUGACUUGAGGUCUAAAGCUCAGUGCAAGCGAUUGAUUUUGAAUGAACAAGGCGAAGGAGAACACCCAGACCCUUUGGGCCAUCAACUGGGCGUCCUGGUGAAUGCGCGCCAGUGGCCUGCACGGCUCUCCUGGUACUUCAUCGACUAUAUGUCGGUCUACCAAUUCGCCCGCAGCGACCGCGAACAGCAGUGCUUCGACCAGGUCAUGCGGCAGAUGCACGUGCUUUACUCCCACGAUUUCACUUACACCUACCAGAUUGCAGGCUUGACGCCUCAGCACUUGCUGACGGAGGGCGCAGAUGUGGAGGUGCCGGUCUUCUAUUGGCCGGAGCACCCCGAGGGCCAGGGACGUUUGCAGGGGGUGCCCCUGAAGCGGCUGAUUCUGAACAUGAACCGAACGCCUUACGAGCUCCGGGGCUGGUGCCAGGCGGAGGCGCAGUGGUCGUCCAUGCGUUGCUCCUCCGCGCGGCUGGUGCUGCUGGACGGCCUUCCCUCGCUGCCGGACGAGGCGGGGAAGGCGCCGAUGACGCCGGAGACCUUCCAGACACGGAUCGCCCAAGGCUCAUUGAAGUUCACUCACCGCAAUGACCAGGAGGCGGUCACCCGCUUACAGGAGAAGGUCUUCCUGAUGAAAGCUUGGGAGGCUCACGAGUUGGUCUUGAGCCGCUUGCCGCGCUCGGAGAUGCCAGUGCUGUGCGACUCGCUACCCUACUACGCACGGCUGCAGAAGCUCGCGGUGAACUCCAGCCGCCUCUCUGACGAGUUCUUUGUGGCGCUGCAAAACCCGGCGCUGGUCAUCGAAGAGUUGGACCUGCAGGCCAACGAUGCUUUGAGUCUUCAUGGUUUAGACAGCUUCUUGGGCGAGACGCUGAGCCUACGAGACCUGAAUCUCAGCAGGAACUGCUUCGGCGACGCAGACGCUGAGCAACUCGCUUUGGGUUUGGCACGCUGCCAGUCGCCCUUGCGGUGGCUGGACCUGAGCUUCAAUGAACUCGGCUGUCGCGGCUGCACGGCACUGGGCGAGGCGCUGCUGCUGCGGCGCCGUGGAAGCAGAGUUUCGGGCCUCGAUGAGCGUUUCGGGCGUAGCUUCCAAGAGCUGCGCUUGCGCGGGAACCGCAUCGCGAACCCAGGAGCUUUGGCCUUAGCGGACUGUUUGAAACGGAGCGGAGCCCAGCUGCAGGUAGACCUGGAGUGGAAUUUGAUAACCAGUGACGUGGCUUCCGCCUGGGUGGAUUUGCUCGUGCAUCCCGACGGCCAGCCCCGCGCAGUGGGCGCGCCCUGCGCCGCGGUGGCGCAGGCUGUGGCCGUGGUGGCGGCGGAACGACGGGCGGCGGAGAGGACAAAGAUGGAGAAGCGGUCGAAGUUUCUGGCCAAAUCCUUGGCUUUAUUGCCGCUCUUGCCCCAAGCGCCAUUUUUGGCCGCCGAGCUGUCCAGCGCCGGCGGCGCGCCACCCGACCUCUUCGUCUAUGCGACAGCGCCUGCGGCACUUGCUGCAGCUUUGCUGCUAGAGGUAUUCUUCGUCCUUUGCACCGGAGGGUGUCGCAGCUGCAGGUGUGCCACUUUGGAUUUCUUGACCUUCUUGCUGAGCUCCACAGUGAACGCUUUGGUCUUCCUCCUGUCCUUCGGAAGCCUCGGCUUUGCCACCCUGCACAAUGCCACGGAGAUCCUGCCCGGCUGCCGAGCGAGCCUGACCUGUCAGUCGCUGAGCAUUUUUGGACAUGUUCUUUCUGCUGUGGUGCUCCUGGCGUGGAUUUGCACACUGCGCUGCCUUUGUGUCCUUUGGGCCUCGAGUCUUGGGCCAUGCUUUCACAGCAAGGACCCUGCGCUUAUGGCGACCCUGUAGUGAUCCUGCCGCGUGGCGCGACGUGUGGCACGAGCUAUUAGGUUGGAGG